AUGUCCGGAAGCCUCUCGGCAAACUCAAGUAGUGAAUUUGAAGAAGAGCUGGUAUCGGAUGAUCUGUUCCUCAGUUAUUUCAACGCCUUUCUCCGUUUGCCGCCAGUCCAGACUACUGAAAUGCAGACUCCGGAAUAUGGACUUAGCGACCGGGAGCGAGAAAGUAUUAUUAAGUGGGCAAAGUCUGAGAGAUACGUUUCGUUCAAAAGGAGUGACUAUUAUAGAGAGCUCAAAUUGUGCAGGCUCCUUCGCUGCCCAACGGAAUUUAUUCCUGGAGGAAAGGAGCUGCUUGCCCCCAAAGUGUUCGGAGAUUUGUUCCACUCGGGUAACACUAGUGCGAUCAGAGGGCUCGCUGGAGUCAGCCGCCAGUCGUCGUUUGCCCAUGAUACGGAGUCGAUGGAAGAGUGCAGUGAGAUGACGGAGGAGUCAGAUUUAACGGGAGGCUCGGAAGUUUCACGCGGAACCCCUUCUGAGCAACAGCAGUCCUUUGAUGAUCUUUGGAUUCAGGAAGAUAAAGGACGCAAGCGGGACCAUACCUAUGGCAAGUAUUUCAAAAUCAGACGCCAGACAGUCCCCGGUUCCCCAGAACAGUUUUCUCCUGUACUGGAAUCCAGACUCAGUGGCAAAGCAAACAACAUCCCUGAGUACGUUGCAAGCGCUGGAAGCGUGGGAAAAAGCCGCAGGAUGUCAGACCCAGUUCUUGUUCAGCGCGGUACAUCCAGUGAAAAACAUCGUCGCUCCCCUGAGAAUCCACAAACGGAUGACUCAAAUCAUUUCAAACGAGCAGAAUGUUGGGUUCAACGAAAGGAGGCUGAGAAGAGUACUAGCGACUCUUUUGUCACUGCAACGGAAAGCGAACUGGUUCAACAGCUUGAGAGCUUCCAGAAGCGGCAACAUAUACCAUUCCAGCGGCUUAAGGAAUUACUUUUAUCAAGUCGCGACGGAAUGAGGGAUUUCAUUAGCUUCCUCGGGCCGACUAAAGGACUCAGUUUAGUUGACUUUUGGCUGGACUGCGAAGAAACUACAAUGAGCGUUGCUCAUUUGCAAAUUUCGGAGCGUCUAAGAACAAAGUUUCAACUUUUACGAGAACUGGAAGACCGUUACAUCCUGAGGCUCACUCCCAAGGUACGGCGCCAUCUAGAGCUGGCGAUCGACACUUUGUCAAAUGAGAUUGUGAAAAACUGUCAAAGCGAUGAGGAUCACCUGACACAGAGAAUUGGGGAACUCAUGUUUGAGCGUAUCCAAUACGAUAGUUUGAGACGCCUGCGGUCGUAUUGGCUUCCUAGCUGGAUACUUCAUUGGGAAAGUCGUUUGAAGCGCUGUCAGUUUCUUCCAUCCGGUCAUGGAGGAUGCCAGUUAUUUUAUAUCCCUCCGAAACGAUUUAAAACUUCACGGAGUGAAUUGCAAGAAGGAGGCUUCAACGAUGCUUUAACCGGGUUUUCUGAUGAAAAUAUAAACGGCCUACCCGAUGAAAAAAAAGAAGAACAAGACUGGGACAAAGAGGUCUCUGAACAAAUACUGGCAAAAGCACUUUCUGGAACGGGGCUCUUUGGUGUGAAAGAAAGUCGAAAAGUUUUGAGAGAAUCGCGUACAAGCCGAGUCUAUCUGACGGCUACAUCAACGUUGGAUUCAAUCCCGGAAUCCCGAGUUGGUGGAUUACUGAGGGAAUACACACCGAAUAUCUGUGAUGUAGAAACCAAAAAAGAAGUAUUCGAUGAAAUACACCUAGGUUCAGCUGUAUCUUGGGAGUCAACUGAAGUAUUCGGGUGUAUGGAUGUAUCAAGCAAUGCUAAGCAGAGACGAAAAAGUAUAUGUAGCUCUAGGAACAAUCUUCCUGAGUCCGUGACACUUCAGACACCUUACAAGAAGCAAAACGUAUCAAAUCGAAAGUCAAUCAGCGCUCAGGAAUGGCGCGCAUUCCGAAUUCUUCUGAUGGAUUCCGCAGCUGGAGGCCCUUUGCAACUUUAUUUGGAGCGGUUAGUAAAGGUUUUUGAUAAAAUGAUCUCCGUCGUAUAA